GCGGCUGAUGACGCACUAAACCUGCUGUCGUCUGGUCGCCGUUUUCUGUUUAUCUUUCUGUGAGGUUGAGUUUGAGCAGCAGCGACAUGGACUUUUGCAGGAAACAGGUGAAGACGGACUGCGAGCUGCUGCUGAGCCGCUUCCAGCAAACACAGUCCGUCCGCUUCGAGGUCUUCUCCGGCAUCUGGAGGGACGUGAACUUCUCACACAUCUUCUGUGGCACUUUAAAGUUUGAGAAGCGACCGUUCAGUCGCCUGGUUCUGGACACGGCCAGCAGCUUCUUCCUGCCGCCGUUCAGCUUCCAGAUCCGAGUGGGAGGACUUUACCUGCUGUACAGUUUGUAUCACAGCCAGCCGGCCUUGCCCUCCGAGCAGAUCCGUCUGGCGCUGAAGGACUGGGAGGACGUGAAGAAGUUUGAGAGGGAUGCCAUGGAUGCUCGGCACCUGGACGCCGUCUACAUCCUCCGACGGCUGAUGUUCUGCAAAGCUUUUCAUUUCACCGCCAUGCCAACGCGGCUCUUCUACAGGAAGAGGAGGAAGGCUGAGAGGUCGGUGCUGUGCGAGGAGUUCAUGGAACGAGUGUCUCGUCCUCAGGAGCUGAUCAGCGUGGAGCUUCUGGAGGAACUGGGCAACAUUCAUGAACUCUACGAGAAGCUGAAGACGUCCACCUCGUCUACGAAGUUGGAUCCGUCCGUCCAGCUGGUGCGGAAAGACCUCGUCCCUCAGCUUCGUGGUACUGUCUUGGACUUCUACAAGUGGCAGCACAGGAAGGACGGCGACGAUGGGGAUGAAGACGUCGGUGAGGGAACGUCUUCUCAGCAGGAGUGCUCCAGAAGAGCUGAACUUCUGGCCUCCAUCAAGUCGAAGGCGUACGGGGACGCAACAGAGGCCUCCAAGUCGAGGCGUCAUCGCCAGGUGGAGCUGGAUCUCACCUGUGAUGAAACAGGCUCCGCCCCCAUGUCAGCGCGACCCAGAGUCGGUAAACCGUCACUCAAAGCCAGAACCAAUGAGAACAUCCGGAUCUCAGGCGACAUUUGGAAAGACGCUGAGGAGACGACUCUGAUCAACCGUCUGGCCAUGCUGGACUCUGAAAAAAAAAAGAAAGUGUACCCAAAAUUCAAGUGGUCAUGAAGAAAAUCCAGAAGAAAGAAGUUGCUGAUGUUUUACUGAUGUUUUACUAUCGUGUUUUGUUUUAAGCGUUUUUACAUUUUUAACAUGAAUUCAGUUUUUUGUUAAAGUUCUGCUUGCUACAGAAAAAACCUCAUAAUGACCAUGUUUAACAGAUUAAAUGAAUACGAACAGGUUCCUCAUGAAGUUGAUCUCAGUACAGUUUCCUCUGUGAGAAGCUGAAGUGCUGCAGAUGUUUUAGUCCCAAUUGAAUAUUGUUUUUCAUAAAAGCAUCUUUUUCUAGCUGA